CUCUCUUGUGUACUGUAAAGCUUACAAAGAAAUGCAAAGAGAGUUUGGAUAAGAGAUAAAAAGAGUGAGAGCAAGGGAGAGAAGAACAUCAUCAGUAGAAAGAAAAAACAACCAUGGCAACGGCAGCAUCAGGGCUUAUGUUGACCGGUCUUCGCUUCAGUAAAAUAGACACAUCUUCUUCUUCUACAUCUGGGUCUCUGAAACUUAGGGUUUCUUCUGAUUUGACAUUCUUGACAUCUCAAUUGAGUGGCAUUAAGUUAUCCACUGGUGAAUUUAGUUCUACAAAUUCUGCUACACCCAUUUCUUAUGCUCCUCUUAAACCCGUUGCCCGCCGCAUAUGUCCUUUCACUGGGAAGAAAGCAAACAGGGCAAACAAAGUCUCAUUUUCAAACCACAAGACCAAGAAGCUGCAAUUUGUCAACUUGCAGUACAAAAGGGUGUGGUGGGAAGCAGGGAACCGUUAUGUCAAACUUAGAUUAUCAACCAAGGCAUUGAAGACAAUUGAAAAGAAUGGCUUGGAUGCAGUUGCCAAGAAAGCUGGAAUUGAUCUUCGAAAAGAAUGACUUUAGUGAAUACCAGUUUUCUUUUUUCCUCUUAGAAGUAAUUACAAUUUGGUUCUGAAUUUGUUCCCUGUAUUUGUGUACUUAUUUUCUGGCAAUUUCAUGUUCAAUCCACCUUUAUAGCCCUGUCAAAAGAAUCACUCUGUGGUUGACUAACAGACAAUCGAUGGUUUUGUAUGAGGUAGGAAUCAAGUUUUUCUGAUGUUUAUUCAAUUUUCCUUUCUUGCAAGGAA